AUGGCAUGGCCGUGCAUCACACGGGCUUGCUGCAUUAACCGCUUCUGGAGUGAAUUAGACAAAGCGGACAUCGCCGUCCCUCUGGUUUUCACGAAAUAUUCGGAUGUGGCCGAGUUGCAACACCUCCAUCCUCAGCCUCCAUCUAGACAGAAGAGGACCGGACCUAUCACCAUAGAAACCCAACCUUCUCACAGUGAACCGGCGGCGGUGGCGGCCAAGGCACCGCCCGCGACUGGUGCCGCAUCAGGAAAACAUGGCUGUAGUGCGUCUGUGAUGCGCCAGGAUUUCAGGGAAUGGAAAGAUAUACGCCCGGAGCCCAGCUACAAACCCAAGAAUGAAUAUCACCCCUCGGCGACUCCUUUCAACAACGUAACCCAGUAUCAGAAGGAUUAUAAACCAUGGCCUGUCCCGAAAAAGGGAGACCACCCCUGGAUCCCCAAACCCAGCCCCACCGCCUCCUCCGGUGCCCAAGAAGUAGGCGUUGGGACCAAAUUGGAGCAUGCAGCCACAGAGCCCGAGAGCGGUGUUGAGAAGAGUGAAAUUGAAGAAAAGGUGCAAGAGAAAGAAUCCAUAGAGAGGAAAAAGAAACCAGUGAAGAAGGAGAAGACUGUAGAGAAGAAAGUGAGUGCCAAAACGGAGGGACAGCCACCAGCAGGUGCCACUGUGGAGGGGAAAGGAAGGGCAGCAGCAGACGCGCUGAACAGACAGAUAAAACAGGUCGUCUCAACUGGCACUGGCAGCUCUUAUAGGAAUGAGUUCAAGGCGUACAAAGAUGUGAAGCCAGUGAAGUUAACCAAGCCCCAGUCUCAGUACAAACCUCCUCUGGAUGAGAAGGACAAGACCAGCCUGGAGACCAGCUACAGCGCCACCUACAAGGGGGAGCAGACCAAGGUGCAGCCCACUGACAACAAGCUACUGGAGCGCAGGAGGAUACGCAGCCUGUACAACGAGCCGGGCGGCAAGGAGACCACCAAGGUGGACAAGACAAAAACCAAACCAAAAAAGACACCAACAACAACAAGCAAAAUGGUGAAAAAGGCGAAAGAGAAGACCAUCGCUGGUGCACUGUCAACCAAGAAGAAAACCUCCACGAGCACCAAACCAGACGAGUCCAAGCCAGAAGGAGGCGUUAUCUCAAAGAAGAGCAAAGAGAUAAGCAAUAGACUGGCUGAGGCAAAAAAGUAA